UUUGCAUUUGAUUCCCAGGGCUAUGACCGUUUAUUAAUAACAUCUUGGGGUCACGAUCCAGGAGUAGUCCCCACUUCGAAUGUGCUUACUAUGUUGAAUGAUGCUUUAACCCAUUCUGCUGUCCUGAUUCAGGGACACGGCAUACAUGGCAUGGGGGAAACAAUCCAUAUUCCAUUUCCGCUUGAUGAAGCAGAACAGCAAGGAGAUUUUUCCCGUCUCAACAUGGGUGUCCAUAAAGCAAUGAAGAUGUUGAGGGAAAAGAUGGACCUGCAGCACUUCUGCGGCUACAUCACUAUGUUGAACCCUUUCAGUCACCCCGUGAAGAGGAAGCUGAGCGAUGCAUCUGAGGAAAAAGGUGAGCCAGAGCUUGCCCUGGGCUCAGAUGUAAACGGAAGCACAGAGUCCUUUGAAAUGGUCAUUGAAGAGCCUUACGUAGAUCCUGCUGCUAAACAAGGCCCAGAAGUCCCUACCACAGAACUGGAGUGGGUUCCCUUGGAACUGAGCUUCGGAAUCCCACUGUUCAGCUCGGACCUCAACCGAAAAGUCUGUCGAAAGAUCGCCAGCCAUGGAUUAUGCAGCAGAGACAGCCUUCAAAAACUGUUACAUUCCAGCAGAAAACUUUCCCUGCAGGUCCUUAGUUUUGUUCAUUCAUUCCAG